AAGCACAUGAGCAUCCUCUCGUCUCUCUAAUUUUCUUCCCAAGAGAUCCUGAUCCAAAACUUGCAUAUGGGGGCCGGAAGAUCAGAGGGGUCAGAGUACAUUGUGAGAGUGAGAAAGACGGAGAUGGUGGCUGCAGUUCUGCCAUUGCAAGAGCACUGGCUGCCACUAUCCAACCUAGACUUGCUUCUUCCCCCUGUGGACGUGGGUGUUUUUUUCUGCUAUAAGAAACCUGCAGCUACCUCCGGGGAUGAUGCAGACAACCAGCUUAGUGCUUUUGAGUCCAUGGUCGGGGUGCUCAAGAAGGCAUUGGCACAAACUCUGGUUUCCCACUACGCGUUUGCCGGUGAGGUGGUGCCAAACUUGGCUGGAGAACCUGAGAUUCUCUGCAACAAUGGCGGAGUAUGUUUUGUUGAAGCUUUUGCAGAGGUAGACCUUAAAGACCUCAACUUGUAUAACCCUGACGAGACCAUCGAGGGCAAACUUGUACCCCAGAGGAAGCAUGGUGUUCUCGCUGUCCAGGCUACUCAGCUAAAAUGUGGCGGAUUGGUGGUGGCAUGCACAUUUGACCACCGAAUAGCGGACGCUUACUCGGCCAACAUGUUUCUUGUUUCGUGGGCUGAGAUGGCUCGGUCUAAACCAAUCACUGUUAUGCCAUCUUUUCGUCGAUCUCUACUUAACCCUCGACACCCCGGCUCGAUUCAUCCCUCCUUGGAUGACAUGUAUGUCCCCAUAACCACAUUGGCCCCACCCAAAGACCCAGAACCUGAUGCAGACGAUCUCAUUAGCCGCAUAUACUACAUUACUGCCGACCAACUCAACCGUCUCCAGUCACUAGCCAGCAGUACAAAUGGUCACAGGAGGACAAAAUUACAGUGUUUUAGUGCAUUCCUGUGGAAGAUGAUUGCCAAAUGGGCUAUUAUUAAGAACAUGGACAAAAAGGUAACCAAGUUGGGCAUUGUUGUCGAUGGAAGGACAAGAUUAAGCGAAGGAGAUAAACAUAAAGCUUCACUCAUGGGUUCUUACUUUGGAAAUGUGCUGUCCAUACCCUAUGGUGCCAAGCAAGUGAAUGAGAUUAACGACAAGCCGUUGGAUUGGGUGGCGGACGAGGUUCAUAAACUGUUGGAAGGGGCAGUGACAAAGGAGCAUUUUUUGGGGCUGAUAGAUUGGGUGGAGGCUCAUCGUCCGGUGCCAGGUUUGGCAAAGAUAUAUUAUAAUGGGAGCGAAGAUGGACCGGCUUUGGUGGUGUCAUCCGGGCAACAGUUCCCAGUGUCUAAGGUGGACUUCGGGUGGGGAAACCCGGCUUUUGGAUCGUACCAUUUUCCGUGGGAAGGGGACGCCGGAUACGUGAUGCCGAUGCCGAGCCCCGCCGGAAACGGUGAUUGGGUGGUGUACAUGCACCUCUUUAAAGGACAGCUGGAGUUGAUAGAGGCUGAGGCUGCUCAGGUCUUUAGACCCUUGACUUCUAGCUAUCUCGGUUUCGACUUGAUCAAUAUUGCAGGCUAAUUUCAGCGACUGCAUGUUUUAAGUAUAUAAUCUUUUAUAAAAUAGUGGAUUCUAUAGAAAAAAAAAAAAAAGUUUUUAUCAUAAUGAGAUCUACCUUUUAUAAAAUAUCUGCACGAAACUUAUAUAUUUGUAUGUAUGAUUAUUAAAAUUAAAAUAUUAUUAAGUUAAUGUUAUAUCAC